AUGUCGGCACCAUCUUCGCCUGUCUCGCCGAGACAUCGUCGGCACCCGUCCAGUCUUGAUAUGACACCAACAAUAAACGAUGCGCAUGAUAAUGGAUAUUUCUACCUACAAAGCCCUCAGUCUCCGGGCGCGCUUUCCGCGGACGGACAGCAUCAGCGACACUCUAUAUCGUCUAUCGGUGAUCGACGUAUGUCUGCAGAAUAUAUGGGCGCAGUCGAACCCGGCGGAGGUCUUGGAAAUUUAGCAGACGAGCUGGCUGAUGCAUGGGGUGAUGGGGAGGGAUACGACGACGCUUCCGGGAUAGAGGUCAAUGAUCAAGUGAACAACAUACACCAUGAUGACGAACAUUCGUCCGGGGAACAGACACCUCGCGAACAGACGUCGCCUACUCAUGCGAAUAGUUUACAGCCUCCGAGGAAUAGGCAAAAGACAAUACAGAAUCGACAUCGACGCACGGAAUCUCAAUACGACGGUUCAGAUUAUGGUAACGAUUCGGACUUUGAGGAAGGGAGCGAGUUCUCUCCUAACUUGGAAAGGAGACUAGCGGGAAUUGAGAGUUUGGCUAGACGGGGUAUAGAAGAAAAUGGCAGUUCAAACGAUCAGAUUAUACAACGAUUUGUAGAAGGUCUCAGAGAUCUAGGUGCACAGAGCGGGAUUGAAAAUGGAGCCGCGAGAUUGAUAACCGCUCAUACAUCCAUCACGUCACAUCUCACGCACCAAACCCGAGCGUUGCAAACAUUAAUACAUCCCCUCCUCUUCUCCCACUUCCCUCUGAUAUCCACCGAGUCCAUGGACGACCUCAUACCCUUGAUCGACGAAGGCCUUCUCCCGAAUCUGCCUCUUCCCUUUCCCACCCAACAGACGACACACCCCAAUACCACUGCUCUCAGACCACAAUCCGCCUCGUCCGUACGGUCAACACAAAGCCAAACAACAGCAGCAUCCAUGGACCCGCUCAUCUCGCUCCAAACUCUCCUAGGUCAAACGUCAGACCUAACCCUCACCCUCCGCACACUAAGCGACACGCUCCACGAAUCCCGCCAACUUACAUCCACAGCAUCCCGCCGCCUGCGAUCAGCACGCGAACUGGUCGCAGAAAUUAAACGCGAAGACGAGGACCGCGAGGAAGGGCAUCGCUGGAUAGAAAGCGGGCAAUGGGAUCGAAAACUCAAGGAGCGCGAAGCGGGGCGGGUCUGCGGCGAAGUUGUCAGUGGCUUUGAGGCGGUUUGCGGUGAAUGGAGGAGAAAGUUAUUCGGGGCCACGGCUACGGAGGCAGCUGCUUGA